AUUGAGCAAAAACGGACGAAGAACACGAAAAUGUUAGAAGGAACAAAAAUAAACCCACACUCCCAGAUGUCGAAAAUUUUUGACAUCGCAAAGGACACUGUCCUAUUCUUCAUUUUAUCAUGUUACUACAUAAUGGAGUCGCUAUUUUGGACCUUAGUGCCAAAUGCAAUAAGGCCUAUGAAGAGCCUGAAGGGUGAUGUGGUACUGGUGACUGGCGGCGGUGGAGGAGUGGGUCGACAGUUGGCAGUCAAGUUAGCGAGGCUGGGAUCUAAGGUGGUUGUUUGGGACAUUAAUAAAGAAGGUUUGCAGAAGACGUGCGCAGAUGUGACGAUGGAGGGCUACGAAAUCGCUAGCUACGUCGUGGAUCUAGCCGACCGCGCCGCCGUCUACGCGGCCGCUGAAAAUGUUAAGAAGGAGGUGGGGAAAGUGGACGUCCUCAUCAACAACGCAGGCACCGUGUUUGGGGAAACACUUCUGGAUUUGAGCGACUCGGCCAUCGAAACCACCUACAAAGUCAACAUCCUCUCGCAUUAUUGGACAGUAAAAGCCUUCCUCCCUGAGAUGAUCGAGACAGGCAAAGGGCAUAUUGUUACGGUGGGCUCAGUAGCGGGACUUCUCGGGACCUACCGGUGUACGGACUACAGUGCCACCAAGUUUGCCACGGUCGGCUUCCAUGAGAGCCUCUUCACAGAACUUAGGGCACACGGCCACACUACGAUCCACGCGACGCUAGUGUGCCCCUACUACAUCAACACGGGCAUGUUCGACGGCGUGACUCCACGCCUCAUGCCCAUGCUGGAGCCGGACUAUGUGGCCGAGACCAUGAUCGACUCUAUCCGCAAGAACGAGGUCAACUGCAUCAUGCCCGGCUCCGUGCGGUACCUCCUACCACUUAAAUGCUUACUUCCGGCUAAAAUGUGCUGGGACCUGAUGCACCGUGUGAUGAAGGGGCCCCAGUCAAUGAUGGAGCUCAAGCGGAAACCGAAGGUGGCUGGCGUCUAACAAAUAGCUGGUGCGGGCUUGUAGCAAGCCUGGUUACCUAAGCAAAGUUGAUUCUACACUUUAUGACUGUGUCAUAAAGUAGAAAAUCAAAUGACGAGUGAUGGCUUUGGUAACUUUCAACUUUGUA